AUGCUUCUCCCCUUGAAAUCACCAUCGUCAGUUUGAGACGAGAAAUCACCCGAAAUUGUUGAAUUUAUUCACGCUCGCGUGCUCAUCUCUAUCAAUUCCCAAUUAUUCCUCUGUUUUGAUAUCUGCCGCGAGGUCGGGUAUUUAUCAGUGAAAUAUUGAGCAAAAAAAAAGAGAGAAUUUCGUGCAUUGGUUGAGCUUUCAUUUGUGAUUGACACAAAGUUCUCAAUACACUUCCAUAAAAAGUCUUUUCACCAAAAUCAUCAUGAGUGGAUAAAUUGUCGUGUACUAUGAGUGAUGAAAACAUACUAAAAUAAGGUGUUUGUAUUUACAAAAUGUUUGUAAUCUCAAAAGUACUCAAACUAAGUAGUGAGGAAACUUGUGAGAAAAUCCACUGUAUAGAACAAAGAUGGAAUGUAAAGUUUGUUUAAUCAUUUUUUUGUCACACAUCAGUAAGUUUUUGUGCAAAAUCCCAAGCAUCUCCGGACAAAUUUAUCCCAUCAACACUCCUCUAGACAUCUCAUUGAUCUUUUGCGUGUGAAUAAGAAAAAAAAACUCUACCAGAGAGCCAUGGAUCGUGCUCCAGGAAGAGACUAUGGGGAUCGUGUGACCAAGAUCAAAUCUGACCUUGUUUUCUGGUCAAUUGUCGAUGGCUCCCUCGUGAUAGCAAUCCUCGGUGGCAACAUACUCACAAUCCUGGCCAUCAGAUUCAGUCGAAGACUCAGGAGUGCCAUUUCAAAUCUCUUUGUCCUCUCCCUGGCCAUUUCUGACAUUGUCGUAGGUUUCACCCUACCCUACCAUUUGGCCUUCUAUGUGGGUUCAUCCCUGGGAAAAAUUGAGAUUUGGUGCCUCCUGCGCUUCUUCCUCAUCAUUCUGGCCUGUUGCACUUCCAUCUGGAACCUCAUAGCCAUCGCCGUGGAUCGCUACAUUGCCAUCAUCUACCCACUGCACUACAGCAGGUAUAUGACUAAGAAAGUUGCCCUUUUGCUCUUGAGCAUUGGAUGGAUGCUGGGCAUCCUCAUUGCAACUGUUCCACUUUUCUGGAACAACUGGGAAACUGCCACUGAAUGCGAAUUUGACGAGAUCCUAAAACCCUGGUACAUGGCUGGAGUAAUAACUCCAGUUUUCUCCAUGGUCUGGCUCUGUCUCCUGAUAGUCUACAGUCGGAUCUACCGGGAAGCAUCGCGUCAAGUUAAGCAGAUGCGUUCCUCAGUCUCAAAUCUCAACCAAGUGCCAUCUGACUGGAAGUCAGUUCAAGUUGUCCUCCUGAUUCUAGGAUGCUUCUCCAUUUGCUGGCUACCGUAUUUUGCCAUUGCCACUUCGCAAAUCUUCCGUAUGCUGAAUCACAGUUCAGCUACUCUGUACAAGGGAGCAUUUUCCCUAGCCAUGGCCAAUUCCGGGAUGAAUCCAUUGAUUUAUGCAUGGAAAAAUCGCAAUUUUCGGAAGGCCUUUAGCAAUUUGCUUCGAUGCAAAAAUCCCGAUUCUUUCACCCCAAUUGACAACAACAACACUGCAGUACCCAAUAAAUCCCGCAAAACUUCAGCUGAUGGCCAGGAGACACCACCAGCUGCAGUGACAACCCCACAAGUGGAAGAUAUCCCGGAAAAUGAAGAAGAUGACCCAGAAACGCACAACAAGAGCACACGUGGAAGCUACGAUGCCCAGAGUUCUGACACAUCAACGACGCAUUUGAGUAAAUUCAGCAAUUCCAUCAGCACGAGCGUCUCCUGAUCAUCCCAACCCAGAACUCUCUACUAUCGCAUGGAAAUCAACUAAUGGGCAGAGUUUGAUGCUAAUUUGGCGCAGAACGCGUGCAUCCUCUUCAACACAGACAUUCCCAUGAAUUUUACUAACUUACUUUUAUCUCUCUUUCACCCACGCAGAAUAAUGCAAUUCCAUCUCUCCCUGAAUCAAUAUUUUCUGCGUUUGGUGUUUGCCGAAAUAAGAAGAUAAGAAAAUUCUAAAUAUUGUGAAAUGUUUGUGCACUGUCCCAGUGGCAAUGGAAGAUGAGUUCAUUGUAAAGCUUUUUUUUCUUCAAGUUUAUGCUCUUCUCCAUAUCCCCCUCUCUUUCUCUCGUUCUCUCUCUGUCUCUGUCUCUUCGCCACGAAAUAUAGUCAAAGUUUAAGUACAACA